CCAAACUCGCUUCAAAACCCACAAACAAGCAAACCCAAAAGCAUCUUCAGUUCUUCUCAUCGCGGCUGAGAACACGAUGGCAGUACCGUCGCGGCGGCCGCUGCUCACCGCCGUCCUCUGCGCCUGCCUCUGCUCGCUGCCUUUCUUCGCGGAUGCCAAAAUGCACCACCACACAUGGGACAUCGAGUACCGCUACAAGUCCCUCGACUGCUUCGAGAAGCUGGCCGUGACCAUCAACGGCGAGUCGCCCGGCCCGACCAUCCGCGCCACGCAGGGCGACACCAUCGUGGUGACCGUGCACAACAAGCUCGAGACCGAGAACACCGGAAUCCACUGGCACGGCAUCCGGCAGAUUGAGUCGCCAUGGGCUGAUGGCACCGUGGGCGUGUCGCAGUGCCCAAUCUUGCCUGGCGAGACGUUCACCUACAGAUUCGUGGUUGACAGGCCGGGCACGUACCUUUACCACGCGCACUACGGGAUGCAGCGCGUGGCCGGACUCGACGGCAUGAUCGUCGUGUCGGUGCCGGACGGCGUCGUCGAGCCUUUCACUUACGACAAGGAGCACACCGUCCUGCUCAUGGACUGGUGGCACAAGAGCGUGUAUGAGCAGGCCGUCGGUCUCGCGUCCGAUCCGCUCGUGUUCGUCACCGAACCACAGUCUCUGCUGAUCAACGGGCGAGGAAUGUUCAACUGCUCGCUUGCUCCCGGCCGUGCCUGCAACGCCUCCCUCCCUGACUGCGCAUUGCCGACAUUGUUCACCGCCGUGCCGGGGAAGACCUACCGCCUACGCAUUGGCAGCCUUACGUCCCUCUCGUCGCUCAACUUCGAAAUCGAGGGCCAUUCGAUGACGGUGGUGGAAGCCGACGGUCACUACGUGAAGCCGAUCGUCGUGAAGAGCCUCUUCAUCUACUCCGGCGAGACGUACUCCGUCCUGGUGAAGGCCGACCAGGACCCGUCCCGGAACUACUGGGCCGCGUCCCACGUCGUCGGCCGCGAACGCAAGACGCCGAGCGGCAUGGCGAUCGUGAGCUACGUCGGCAACAACCCACGGAUGCCGCCGCCCACCGCGCCGCCGACCAGCCCCGCUUGGAACGACACGGCGCCCAGGGUGGAGCAGAGCAGAUCCAUCGUCGCGCACCCGGACCACGUCGAGCACCCGCCGGCGAAGGCCGACCGCACGCUCCUCCUCCUCAACACGAACAACAGGAUCGGCAAUCGCGUCAAGUGGGCCAUCAACGGCGUGUCUCUCAAGUUCCCGGCCACGCCGUACCUCGUCUCCAUGAAGCGCGGGCUGCGGGCCGCGUACGACCAGAGUCCCCCGCCGGACACGUACGACUACAAGAACUACGACAUCGCCUCGCCGCCGGCGGCGAACGGGACGGUGGCCAGCGCGGUGUACCGGCUGGCGCUGAGGUCCGUCGUGGACGUGGUGCUGCAGAACACGAAGGCGCUCAACAACAAGAGCGAGACGCACCCGUGGCACCUCCACGGGCACGACUUCUGGGUGCUCGGUUACGGCGACGGCAAGUUCGAGCCGGAGAGGGACACCGGGAAGUUCAACCUGAAGGAUCCGAUCAUGAAGAACACGGUGGCACUGCACCCGCUGGGGUGGACGGCGGUGAGGUUCGUGGCGGACAACCCCGGGGUGUGGCUGUUCCACUGCCACAUCGAAGCGCACGUGUACAUGGGCAUGGGAGUGGUGUUCGAGGAGGGCAUCGAGAGGGUCGGCCGGCUGCCCACGUCCAUCAUGGGCUGUGGACGAUCAAGGGGCCUGCACUGAGGUAGUCAGUUGUGAAUAAAUCAGACCAAUUUGUUUCAAUAUUUUGUGCCGAUUGGCGAGCACAAGCACUGGUGUGUGUGGAGAUGCAACAUUUUUUUAAAAUUGUAUGUAUUUUGUAAUACUGUUACUGCAUGAUAAAUAAAUAAAUCUCUCUCUUUU